AUGAGUGUUGUGUCUACCGAGAUCCUUCGUUACCACUACGACAAUGCCAUCACAGACAUUAAACAUAAGUCAUUCAGAUUCUGGCAACACUACCUCCACAACGCAGUGGCUGACACCGAAGUCUACUCCACAACAUACAAGACGACAACAGAAGGCUCUCGCACGCCCGUUUACAUGCAGUGGCAUGGCAUGACUAAUCACAUGAUGUCCGCAUUGCUCUGGAUUGAGUGUGAAGUGCCCGGUGCCAGGAUCAGACAGGCUGAGGAACAGGCGCUAGAGGAAGCCAAAACAUGUGUGCAGAGACCCAAUCAACUAAAUCAACUACACGGCAUCUGUCAAUUUAGAUUGAUUUAA